AACCGUGCCAUCAAGUGUCCUCCGAGCAGCGUUCAAGAAUCUGCUACCAGAAAAAUAAGACAAAGAUUUCUAUUGCAUCAUUCGAGGCAUCAUGACGAAAGCCAUCAAGGUUCUCAACGAACCCAACAAGGUUGUCAUGAUGCCAACAAUCUUUGAUCUCAAGCCACUUAGACAUUUCCUAGUCUGUGAUGAUUGUUAGACAGAGACUGGCUAAGCCAAUGACCUUGAGAUAAUUGAUAAUGCACUAGAUACCCUGGUCGUGAAGUGCAUCAAGCUAUCCCUGAAUCAUCAUCACUGACCAGUGGCGUCUUGCCAUACUUUCGGUCAGAAACAUGCCAGGGUUCACGAGUAUUGGCUGAGGCUUUCUUAAGAGAUCGUUAAUCAUCUUAUUUGUUUAGAAAUACUGGUAUCGUAACCCAGCCACUUUGUUGAUUCUGUCUUCACGGCCAGAGAAGCUGUCAAACCCCUUUGGAGGCUCCGCAUCCCCCAUCUUUGGCUGCAUGUUCCACUAAACCUUUUCACUGUUAGUUCCGAACUCAAUGGCCGUGUUCCUUAACAGUAGCCAAUAGACUCGCGCAAAUUGUCAUCAAGGUACUCACACUCGCGAUAGCAUCACCUUGAUGGCUUCAGGGUUCACACCUUGAUGAGCACUACAGUUGUAAGCAAGAAUAUUAUGUAAGUCACAACAAGUAGAAAUACCACCGGUCCAAGAAGGUUACCUUUCUGCACCCAUUUCAAAUCUCUCUCUUCACAUCCCACAAGGAUUUCUUCUGUUCUUCGCUGUCUUUUUCGGGUUCAAAAUGGCUAAGAACAAGGUUAAGAAAGGAAAUAAGAGCAAGGGUGCUAAGAAGCCCAGCAUUCCUCCAAAGGCUCUUCCCGUGACACUUCUUUCCGGGUUCCUCGGCUCUGGUAAAACAACACUUCUUCAGCAUAUCCUCCGAAGUGAGCAUGGCCUCCGCAUUGCGGUAGUAGUCAACGACAUUGGAGCUAUCAACGUCGAUGCCUCUCUCAUCAAGAAAACACAUCAUCUUUCAAAAACCCAAGAGAAGGUUAUAGCUCUUCAGAAUGGCUGUAUCUGCUGCACCCUCCGCGGUGAUCUUUUGGAAGAACUCGUUCGUGUAGCCCAACUUCAAGAGUUUGACUACAUCAUCAUCGAGAGCAGCGGUAUCAGUGAGCCAGAGCAGGUAGCUGAGACAUUCGACUCGAGACUUGCUGAGCAGAUGGACGCUAUGGGAUCCAUUGAGGGUGCACCCGGUCUGGACGCCGAUAUGAUCAAGGUUCUUAAGCGACUCAAGGACGCUGGUGGCCUUGAGAAGUUUGCCAGACUCGACACUACUGUCACUGUCAUUGAUGCUUUCACUAUGUUGCAUGACUUUGACACGAGUGAUCUGCUUUCUUCAAGACGUGACGAUGUUACACCUGAGGAUGAGAGGACUGUCUCUGAUCUCAUGGUUGAUCAGAUUGAGUUUGCGGAUGUCAUCAUCCUCAACAAACUCGAUAUGGUUGAUGCGUCGACAAAACCUCGCUUGCUAGACUUGAUCAAGAAGCUCAACCACCGCGCCAAGAUUCUUGAGUCGAGCUAUGGCAAGGUCGAUGUCAAGCAGAUUGUCAACACUGGCAUGUUCAACCUUCAAGUUGCUCAGUCCGGCUAUGGAUGGCUUCAGGAUCUCCAUGCCAUGACCGUUCGGGAGGUCAAUGGUCGUAACGUGCUUACACCAAAGCCCGAAACUGAAGAGUACUCCGUACGAAGCUGUAUCUACAGUCGUCAUCGACCAUUCCAUCCUCGUAGACUCUGGGCACUGCUGUACGACAAGUUCAUCCUGCAGCUUGAGCAGCCCGAAGACGACGACGAGGAAGAAGAGGAGGAGGAAGAGGAAAAUGACGAAGACCUUGAGAUGGUCGACUACCCAGACGCUGAGGACUCAGCCGAAGCUGCUGUAGUUGACCAAGACACUUCUGAUUCCUCUUCAUCCCGAGGAAAGCGCUCAGCCCCAUCAUCACCUCGAAGCUCCCAUUCCACCCUUGAAUCUGCCCCUUCACCCGAGCCUGCAUCCAAGAAGCAAAAGUUCGAUGACUCAGAAAUGAAAGACGCAGAUGACCUCUUCACACCCUCUAACGAAGUCAUCCUCGAAACUAAGCGCAAACAUCCCAUCUUUGCUCGUCUCUUCCGCUCAAAAGGUGAAUUCUUCCUCGCAACACGACCACACCGCGCAGGUGACUGGUCUCAGGCUGGAGCUAUGCUCACACUAACCGGUGGACGUCCAUGGUUCUGCACCCUUCCCGCGGAGGAGUACACGACUGGUGACCCCGAGGUUGAUGGUCUUGUGCAGCAUGAUAUUAAGAAAGGUGGAGAGUGGGGUGAUAGACGUCAGGAACUCGUGUUUAUCGGAGAGAACUUGGAUCACAAGGCUCUUGAGAAGAUGUUGGAUGAGUGUUUGCUCACUGACGCUGAGUUGAAGAAGUGGGAAAAGGUGAUGAGGAAUGAGAAAAAGAGUGAUGAAGAGAAGCGUGAGGCGCUAGAGGACCUGUUUGAUGAUGGGUUUCCCGAUUGGCCGGAGGAUGACGAGCAUGAGGACCACGAAGGACAUGACCACCCAAAUGGUUUGAGGUCGAUAAAGAAGCACUUACAAGAGGUUGACUAAAGUAGAAAGAUCUCAAGAGAAAAGUCAUGUUAUGCUGAUCCUGGUAUUGUCCUUUGUGAGCUCCCAAAUAGCAAAAUUCCUAGCCAUGUAUCCCUUUGUUCCCGUGUUUGUGCAACGUAUUGUCUUCGAUGUCUCUGUAUCACCGCCCAAGCCAAUUGUCUUUCAGUUUAGUGUGUGCCAUGUCCCAAAAGACCCAUCAAACAUCCCCCAUCAUAGCAAACGCCGCAUCAACAGCCUCUUUUGCCACAAACGAAUAGACCUCAACAUCCUUCCCCAUCGAAAUACUUCCCUUCGCCCAACCUCCAACCAAGCACCUCACAUACCAGAUCGCAAGAUGCUUGUUGUACCUAUGCACCUUGUUGAUACAAGUUCUCUUCAUGCUCCGUCGCAAGCCGGUCAUCCAAUCACCCUCCUCCCAUCUUACAUCAGUGCGUUCCAUCGGGCAGAAGAAGUCUUGCGCAUCUUGACUUGAGCCUUGCUCUGGUUCCGUGGUGGAGAAGCUAAUGCUGAGUUGUGCUGGUCGACUUCGAUAAGUGGCGAUUCCAAAGACUGGGGUGCGGCAGGAUGAUGAUUCACCGCAUGAGGAGCUGGUUCGGUGAUUGGCGGGUUGGCCUAGGAGGGUUAACGACAAGUCAAGUGACGUUGCAAUUGACAUGUCUCUUACUGCAAAUGUUUCCAACGCUGAUAUACUCACGAACCACAAAGUCCAUAGCUGGCUUGUCCGGUUCACCCGCGUCUCCUGUCCAAUUCUUGAAGAUGGCCGUUAGGAAGUCCUCCAUUGUAUCCUUCGUCUUGGAGAGCGUCGCAUUGAACUCGGUGGCAAGACUGCAAGCGUGAAGGAUAUCGAAGCACCGUUUCAGUUCAGAGUCGUCGAGAUCGUCGGGAGUCGUGAUGGAUCGUGGGUUUCGAAAGAUGUGAUCGCCGAGUUCGAGGGACGUGAAGAGGCGAUUACGCGAUUCGACGUUGGAUCGAGGUUCGGGCGAGGGACUGUUACUGCCUAUCAGUAUUGGUUCCGAAUCAUCUGGUUCCCGCUUGACAAUUGCUGGAGCUGUGCAUGGUGGUACGAAGCGUACGGGAGGGUUGAGAGCGGCACGGGCGAAAGGGGCUGAAGAAGCUGGUGCGUACAUUAUGCCGUGGAGCGUUGUGGAAGAGUAAAGGAGAUCAUGUUGUUGAGAGAAGUGCUAAUAAAGAGAGGCUCUUUGGUCUCGUGCUACUACAGUGAAUCAUCGUGGCCACGAUUAAAAAGGAAUUCUGCUGCUGGUGUGCUACAUAUUCCCUGCGAAGGAGAGGAGAAACAUCACUGCGCAAUAAUCGUCACUGAGGUUUACAAAUCCCAGAACCAAUAGGGACCACCGGAGAAACUGGCUACGGAAAAUCAGUGAUAUUUUAUUUUCUCUUACUACAAUAAGAAGGCAGGGCUCUGGGCAAGCUAGCGAAGGGAGCGUUUAUUGGCAUUGGAUCGGAGGAUGAGCCUCGGCACGGACAUGAGAAGUUCAAUGCUCCCCCAGGAGCCUAACGGAAGUUGGGCUGAACGACGUCCCUUGAACCUUAUCAACGCAAGACGGAACUUAUAGAGUUGAUCUCAAAUGUCAACACGGCUCGGGACAAUCAUCAUGACAUCUGAUUCCGUCAUCAGGAAACUGACUCAUCUUGGUAUAAUGAAUGAUACACAGUACUCCGUACACCGUCUCAAGAUCUCGGUCAAUCUCGGCUUUUGAUGGAUGGGGGAGCGAGAUACUGGUGGCCAAACCCGCAUGGGCACUGAGUACCAGUAGGUCCUUGUCUCGACUAGCCAGACAACCACUACCCACACAACCUUGUCAAUACUGUAGCUUAUUAGGGACGUAAAUAUCGUUUGGCCAUUCUUGUAACGAUUGAUGUCGUGACUUACAGCGAUACUGGCUCCUGAAACCCUUCGAUACGCACGUUGGUGUCAUUGCUUGGGUCAUCUCUCUUCUCCCUGCCCACAAACAAGUAGGGUUUGGUGACGAUUUUCAGAAAUAUUAUCAACCAUUAAGAACCACCGGGGAGUGCCGUCGGCAAUUCCUUUUUACAGUAUAGUGCAAGAUUGCCUCCCAACAACAUGAUCUCGUCCACAACCCAUUUUUAAACGACCUAACGUUACUGUACUUUUGAUGAAGACAAGUUGUUCUCUCCGUCAAAACCAUAUUGGAGGAUGUUUGUGACAAUCCGCGGAGAUAUGACAAACCUGGUAUGUGAUGCCGCUAUCCAAGACAAACAAAACAAGGUGACGACACACCCAUUCCAAUGACUAAAGACUCAUCCUGCAGAUCUUUAAACAUUUCUUCUCCAGCUUACAGUAUGCCAGAGGAUCCUGAAGUUCUCACGCAGUGCACGCUACACAGUUCACUGUUUGCUCUGCAGAUGCAUGAAAGGUGUGGUGAGAACUCUUGUCACUGAGGAAGACCUCAUUCACCAUGGAGUGCAGUAAAAGUAUCACCUCGUUAUCUUCCAGCGUGGCGUGCAAGCAUCGACGCAAACGCAUCGGCAUGGUAUCUGCACGAUUUGCCGAUUUCUAAGGGGACUCAUGAGAUAAAGAGUAGCAUUCGGUAAAUAAAGAGAAAAGCCAAUUCGGAAUGAAUAACGAACAGAUAGAAUAGCUAACAGAUACAACAGAAUGUAAAGAAUGUGAUGUCAAAGGGACAACAUCUUGCAGAUGUAGUGUAGUGCCCCCCACUGAAAGAAAAAAAAAAAGCCUUGAUCUCGUCCCUUUAUGAAGCCAUGUUGGCUGGUGAGUACCGUUGCAUCCACGUCAGACUCUUCAGCCAAUGUACGGAUAUGCAGACGGGAGUGUCUUCCCU